GACUGUCAACCCAGCCAGGUCCAGGGGGUUAUUAGGGACCCAGGCACUGUGUUCUCCCCCCACUGCCAUGUGGGAACUUCGGUCUGCCUCCUUUUGGAGGGCCAUAUUUGCUGAGUUCUUUGCCACCCUCUUCUAUGUCUUCUUUGGGCUGGGAGCCUCACUACGUUGGGCCCCCGGACCCUUACAUGUCCUGCAAGUGGCUUUGGCCUUUGGCCUGGCGCUGGCUACAUUGGUGCAGACUGUGGGUCACAUCAGUGGAGCCCACGUGAAUCCUGCGGUCACUUUUGCCUUCCUUGUGGGCUCCCAGAUGUCCUUGCUCCGUGCGUUCUGCUAUAUAGUAGCCCAGCUUCUGGGAGCUGUGGCUGGAGCAGCUGUGCUGUACAGCGUCACCCCACCAGCUGUCCGAGGAAACCUAGCGCUCAACACGCUGCAUGCUGGGGUAAGCGUGGGCCAGGCCACCACUGUGGAGAUCUUCCUGACGCUCCAGUUUGUGCUCUGCAUCUUUGCUACAUAUGAUGAGAGGCGGAAUGGCCGCAUGGGCUCUGUGGCCCUGGCUGUUGGCUUUUCCCUCACCCUGGGACACCUCUUUGGGAUGUAUUACACUGGUGCGGGGAUGAACCCGGCCCGCUCCUUCGCUCCUGCCAUCCUUACCAGGAACUUCAGCAACCACUGGGUGUACUGGGUGGGCCCACUCAUUGGAGGAGGCCUGGGCAGUCUACUCUAUGACUUCCUCCUCUUCCCCCGGCUCAAGAGCGUUUCUGAGAGACUGUCUGUCCUCAAGGGAGCCAGACCCAGCGACUCCAAUGGACAGCCAGAGGGCACAGGGGAACCUGUUGAACUGAAGACUCAGGCCCUGUAAAAGCUCCAGUUGGAGAGAGAAGCAGAAAGCCAAUGGGUUUCAGGGAGGGCCAAGCCGGCCCUUGGAUGAAGAAAGAGACUGUGGGGAGGGGCAUGUACUUCUUUAUUUUUUAACUUACGUUUUUCAUUUUUUUCCUUUUGCUGUGUGAAAUCUUUCAAGUUGCAUUCACGACUGGUUGGUGCAAACUUCCCUUCCUCCCCGCUCCAGCUACCUUCGCCGUGUGUGCACGACUGUUCAUAUGAAUGUGGGUGCGUGCGGCCGUGUCUGAGUUUGCGGCACAGAAGCUAGGGAAGGGGAAAGAAGUGUCAGCCUGUAUGUCCUUCCCCACCCCAGUUUGGGGAGCACAGGGAACCCAAGACCUGAAGUCUCUGGCCUUUACCCUGCUUCCAGUCAAGUAUAUGCAUCUUGAUUUUUGAGGGGUCACAGGAGGGGGGUGGGUCAUUCCUCUGAGAAAGCAGGCAGAGAGGAGGAAGGAAGGCAUUUCAGGGGUUGGGAGGUCUGGUGGGAGAGGAAUCCAAGAUUUUAUUUUCAGAUCACCACGAAAGUGUACCUAAGUGAGGGAGUUAAGGGGAGACGAUAGCCUACGGAUCUCAGGGAUGCUUGUCCCAGAGACUGGGGUGGAAGCUCUGAAAAACCUAAACAAGCCCCUUGAGUUGUUCUGUAAAGCCACAUAAGCCUGCCUAUAUCCACCAGCUGGGCUGCAUGUGUGUUCAUUCAGAAGCCUUAGACCACAGACUUUCCAACAGAAACAGGGGUUAGGCAAGUUUAAAAGGUCCUGCCUAAGAGCCCGGGACAAACAGUACUGAAGCUCAGAAUUGCUCUCUGAGGCUAAAACAGGAAAUCUGCUGUCCAAAGCAAAUUUACAGGAGGUGAGGGAGGGGCAAGGUGGGGGAUUCAUUUAGAGCCAACUGAACUUUGCAAAUGGCAUCUCUGUACUUUUAUCACUAGCUCCACAGUCUUUUAUUUUUGUAUGUGUUUUCACUUUUCUCCCACAUACCCUUUCUGCUAAUUCUCCCUCAUGACCCAGAUAUCGAUCUCCUCUAUCUAAAUGCUUAAUUAGAUGACUUUUUUUUUUUUUGAGCCCUAUCUUGUAUUUGUUGGUAAGAUAGCCAUUGUCUCAGCUGGGGCGCAGGUGACCCUGACCGAACAAGGAAUAUUUAUUGCAGAUCUUUCUAUUCUGUGCCUCCUGUAUAUACUAUGCAAGCUUUAAAACAUAUGUCUAUAAGAAGGCAGACAACCCUCAACUCCAUUCCAAACAACAAACUCUCUCUCCACUUCCUCCCAAAUAAAACACAUCUUUUCUAACUA